AUGUCCUCCGCCGCGACCACCUCAACCGAAAGCGUCCCUGCGCUCCCCGCGCAACUCGCGCGCCCACUCGACGUGCUUAUGAUCGACAACUUCGACUCGUUCACGUGGAACUUGUACCAGUCGCUCUGCCUGCUCGGCGCAGAUGUGACCGUCGUGCGCAACGACGCGAUCACCGCCGCCCAGCUUCCGCUCCUCGACAUCCGUGCCCUCAUCGUGUCACCCGGUCCUGGCCACCCGAUCACGGACUCUGGAAUCAGUCGUGAGGCUAUCAAGUACUUUGCGGGAAAGAAGCCUGUACUGGGUGUUUGCAUGGGUCUUGAGUGCCUCGUGGACGUUUUCGGCGGCGAGAUCUCCUACGCCGGUGAAAUCAAACAUGGCAAACUCUCUCGCGUCCGACACGACAACCGUGGCUGCCUCCGCGGCGCACCCCAAGGUUUCCUCAGCACGCGCUACCACUCUCUAAGCGCAAACGUCCGCACGCUCCCCGACGCGCUCCAAGUGACAGCCGUAACCGAAGAAAGCGGCGUGAUCAUGGGCGUCCGACACCGCACGCUCGCAGUUGAAGCCGUACAGUACCACCCCGAGAGCAUCCUCUCCGAAUCCGGCGACGACCUCAUUCGCAACUUCCUCGCGCUCAACGGCGGAACCUGGGCCGAGAACCCGCAUGCUGCUGUACUUGAGCCAUCACUCCCACCAUUCGAAAGCGCAAUCCCGGAGGAUGCAGGCAGAGCACAAAGUGUACUCGAGAAAAUCCACACGCAACGCCUCAAAGACGUUGCAGCAGCAAAGGCGUUGCCCGGUGCCUCACCCGCCGACCUCGAUGCUCUUCUGGCUAUGCACCUGGCCCCGCCAGCCAUCGACAUCGUCGCGCGUAUCCGUUCCGCGCCACACGCGCCCGAACCGGCUUUGAUGGCCGAGAUUAAGCGCGCAAGCCCCUCCCGCGGCGCCAUCGCACCCGGCGCACGCGCUCCCGCACUGGCACGCGCAUACGCCGCGGCAGGCGCUGCAGUUGUAUCCGUCCUCACAGAGCCGACCUGGUUCGCCGGCUCACUCGCGGACCUACGUCUCGCGCGCCAAGCGCUCGACGGUCUUCCCAACCGCCCCGCAGUCCUGCGCAAAGACUUCAUCCUCGACGAAUACCAAAUCGCCGAAGCGCGUCUCAACGGCGCAGACAGCGUCCUGCUCAUCGUUGCGAUGAUCCCCUCCGACCGUCUCAAGACUCUCUACGACUACAGCGUGAAGCUCGGGAUGGAGCCUCUGGUCGAAGUCAACACCCCGCGCGAGAUGGACGCCGCUCUCACGCUCGGCGCCAAAUUGAUCGGCGUGAACAACCGCGAUCUCCAUUCGUUUGCUGUGGACAUGGGCACGACGGCGCGGUUGGCGGAGAUGGUGAAGGGCCGCGGUUCGAACGUCGUUCUAUGCGCGUUGAGCGGUAUCACCGAACGCCGCGACGUCAAAGCAUGUACAGAGCAAGGCGUCCGCGCCGUCCUCGUAGGCGAAGCGCUCAUGCGCGCUCCAUCACCCGCCGCACUCGUCCGCGAACUGUUCGGUCUUCCCGACGAGAAACAGAAGGCGAAGGAGAAGGUCCCACCGCUUGUCAAGAUCUGUGGGAUCAGGAAUGAGGAGGAGGCGCUCGCGGCUGCUGAUGCUGGCGCGGACUUGUUGGGGUUGAUGUUCGCGGAUAGGUCGAAGAGACGUAUAUCGCUGUCCACGGCUCAACGCAUAUCUGGCUCGAUACACUCCCUACGCGCUUCGAAACCUGCACAAGCUCCUCCGCCCGCCGAAGAGGUUCUCGAAUCGGAUAACGCGCUGCCCUGGUUCGCCCGCAACGCUGCGCGGCUCUCGCGCGCACCGAACAAACCGUUGCUUGUCGGCGUGUUCCAGGACCAACCGCUCUCGUUCGUUCUACACGUCGCAGCCGCGGCGCAACUCGAUCUGGUCCAGCUACACGGGCGCGAGCCGGCAGAAUGGGCGAAACAGAUUCCGGUGCCAGUUGUACGUGUGUUCCACGUCGACGCGAACGGCGGCGGACUGGCUGAUCUGACACGGCCGGGGCUGCACGAGUACGUUCUACUCGACGCCGCAGCCACCGCGGGCGGGUUGAGCGGCGGGAGUGGCAAGAGCGUAGACUGGAACUUGGUCAGGGGUGUAGUCGAGAAGGGCGAGGGCGCUGGUGCGGGUGGGGAGGAGGGCGAGUUGCCCGUCAUUCUUGCGGGCGGACUGAGUCCGGACAAUGUUGCUGAGGCGGUGGAAGUUGUUGGGCCGUGGGCUGUCGAUGUUAGUGGGGGCGUUGAGAGGGAGGAUGGGAGUGGGAAGGAUGUUGAGAAGAUCAGGCUAUUCGUGAAGGCUGCGAAGGGCGCGUAUGAGAGGUUGGAGAAGUUGGAGGAGAUGCUUUUGUAG